UCGGAUAUGUAGCCAGCUAGCCAGCUCGCAUUCCCGACGGCCAGCUAUGUGUUGGUAAACACGGUCAUGCUGUUUGAUGAGGUUGUGCAUUUAGAAUUGCUAACGUUUUGACAGCUUUUGGUCUGUCAGUGAAGAUCUGGAUGCUUGAAUUGGGCAAAACAAGUGCCUCGCUAACCAUUAAAUGAAAAGUGUGUCCGUACAACAUUGAAGGGUUCGCUGUUCAAGAUUGCAGUGGCACAGAAGGACAUAGACCAGAGCCAGCCACUGAGACGUCCAGGAGGGGGCAGUAAUGAAAUCGACAGUGUGAGGUGUCGAGAGAAAGAGAGAGAGGGAAAGAGGGGUGGAGUCGUAUCAGGAAGGGAACAGUGAAAGGAGAGGGGAAUCACAAGAGCCAAGAUGUCUUACAGCAACAGAGAACUGGUGGUGUUUUAUAUAAGCUAUAAACUGUCACAGAGGAACUAUUCCUGCAGCCACAUAGGACUGACGAGUGCAAGCGGGGCCAGAGAAGAGCAGGCGGAGGGCGAGGAGGCAGCUGGGGCAGGGCACGUGAACGGGUCAGUGAACGGGGGGAGCCUGGAGCCACCGCCGUCCCCGCGUGGCAUUGAGGCGGUCAAGGAGGCGCUGCGGGACUCCGCCAACGAGUUCGAGCUGCGAUACCGCCGUGCUUUCAGCGACCUCUCCUCCCAGCUGCACAUCACACCGGCUACCGCCUACCAGAGCUUCGAGAGCGUGAUGAACGAGGUUUUCCGAGAUGGCGUCAACUGGGGUCGAGUGGUGGGCCUGUUUGCUUUUGGCGGGGCCCUGUGCGUGGAGUGCGUGGAGAAGGAGAUGAGCCCCCUGGUGGCCAGGAUCGCUGACUGGAUGACCGUCUACCUGGACAACCAUAUCCAGCCAUGGAUCCAGCUCCAGGGAGGAUGGGAUCGCUUUGCUGAGAUCUUCGGGAAGGACGCAGCGGCGGAGUCCCGGCGCUCCCAGGAGAACUUUAAAAGAUGGCUGCUCGCCGGAGUCACGCUCGCCACCGGGCUGCUGAUUGGCUCAUUCAUUGCCAGCAAACGCCACUGAGGUAGUGCGUCGAACAGCGCCACCGCCUGGCAGCCCUCCAACAAACAUGAAGGAACGUUGAAAAAAGAGAAAUUGCCAAGUGUUUCCAUGUUUACUCGUGUCCCACAUCCUAAAGCACUGAGAGAGAGACAGACCCAGCUGCUGCUCCGCAUCAUCGUCUGCAUCGCAAAGAUGUCUGCUCACCAGUACCCACAAUGCAAUGGGAGACUAACGUCACACUACCCACACCGUACCAAACACCCGAAGAGAGGACUGAACGCAGUGUUUCCUCUCUCCUCCCUGUCUUUGUCCAUUCUCUCAUGGUCAUGUAGAUUAUUGUCAAAUUUAUCUUAAGACUUUUAAAUAUAUUGCAUACAUUUUUAUUUUAUUUAUUUUUGUGUGUGGGUCGGGGCAGUGGAAGUGUGCAGCGCUGUUUCUGAGUGAACGUGUGCUGUUUGGUAUUCUUAGAAACUGAGGGAAGGAGGACAGAGAGGAGAUAAACAUGGCUCCUCCUUCACCCCAGUAAGAACCCUCGAUUGUACUGUUCCCUCUCAGACAGAAGGGGGAAGCACUGAAUAGGUAGGUUUUUUUGGCUUUUUCAACCUUUUCCCUAAAGUAUCUUAAAGAUGUUUUGAGCAUUGUGGUCAGGCAUAUAGAGACGUCUGUAUGGAAAAACAUCGUAUCAGAGGAUGCUUUCUGUCCAUGAUAAUGGACACCCAACCUCAUCCAUGCUGAGUAUGUUGAAGGACCGAUCAAAGCAUUUACUGAUGAGCAGUGACCAAUUAAAGCAUUUGUUGAUGAGCAGGGACCAAUUGAAAACACUGUUGAUAAGAAGUCUUUAUCAUACAGAAAAUUGCCACAAAGAGACAGAUUGUGUGAUGUUUUCUUUUAGUUUACUUAUAGGUUUUCUCUCCCUAUUACAAAGUUCCCAAGCGCACACACAUACACACACACACACACACACACACACUGCUCAUGACAUACCUGACAUCUCAUACCAUGGCUUGUUUUUCUCUUUUGUCUGUUGUCUUGUUUGCUGUCCAAAGUUCUAUCUGAAGUACUUAAUCUUGUUUACUUCCAGUAUGCCCUGAUAGGUUUUUGUGACUCCACACAUGCACUCGCUAAUUUGAGUUCUAAAUAAGUGUAACGGAGACCUUUGUACGUUUUCUCUAUAAUAAGUGAACUCUGUCUCUUUGUGUUUCUCAUAGUCUUUCUUAUGCUGCCAUAAUUUUGGAAAUUUAAAAGAAUGCCAGUUAUGGGGAGAAAAAAAGCAAAUUUUCAUGUUUAAAAAAUGUUGGAGAAGCUUGUUUUUUUUGUUUGACAUGCACAUUUGUUUUCAUGGGAGCAUUGCCUCCUCCUAGUGGUGUGAGGUCUUCAUCACAAAAGACUGCAAAUGUAAGUGAAAAUGAAUGCGGAAACAGAAGCAGAACUCCAGCCAAUCAGCAAAAGCGACCCACUCUCCUGCUCUUUCCCAACUCCCACAGACCGCUCCUGCUAAAAUGCUGUAAUUUGAAAUGUGUGGGUCAACAAGCUCUUCAGAGGGGUCCUCCUGUCCAAGAUGUCCGUUUUGAGUAACCCCUGUCAGUGCUGUGUGGGUUUUUUUCCAUAUCACUCAGCAGGUUUCAGGGCGAUUGAAGUACAUAGUCAGCAUGUUAUUGACACAAAACCUUUUUGUACCUCGCAACCCCUGGUCUUUGUCCCAAACAACUUCAGCUACUUAGGUAGUGUGGUAAAUGCCCCUUAGAACUGUGCCCAAAUCAGCAUCCAUCUUCAAACAUUCUGUAUAAGUGUUAGAAGUAGAGGUGGAUAAGCAGAUCCUGGGUUACUUGUUGGGACAGGCCUGGGAUCUGUCUGUUGAGGUAUGGGACCUCCCGACACGUGUGUUUCCCCAGCACUCUCAUAACGUUUUCAGAACGUUAGAUUUUCAUUGUCAGGGUUCUUUUAUUGGUGUGCAUUGUCUGGACUAUAUGGUGGCAACUUUACUUCUCUUUGUUUUUUUUCCCCUCCAUUUGCGCUAUAGAAACACACAUUUGACCCCUGUAGUCACCUACUUGCAGUAUAUUAGCAGGUGUUUUGGUUUUGUUUCAUUUUGUUUUUGUUUGUUUUGUCAUCAUAUAUGUUGAAACAGUGCUAAUAUGUAUCAUUUUCUUUUUAAUAAAAAGAUAUUUACAGAAAACUCCUCAUUUUUAAAGGAAACCCUGUUCAUCUAAAGAAUUUUUGUUAGGUGUGUGUGUUGAAUAGAGGAAUCCACAGAACUGCAGUGAAUCUCCCCAGGUGUGGCCACGCCCCUCCCUGACGGGGUGGGGUAGGCAGGUGAGGUCUUUGAACGUGCUGCAGGACCCUGGUUAGCAUUGUAGCACAGGUACUGAAAGUCCCUGAAGCUGUGAAAUACUUUGACCUUUGACCCCACCUUGGGUGUUCAUGCCCACUGCUCUGGGCGUGGCCUCGUUAUCAUAUGACGUUGCUUUUAUGUUGUCUCAUCUUUCUGUUAAUGCUUCGUCCUUCCAACGUCUUAAUAGGUUUGGUUACUGUUCUGAUUAAUUGAAACAUUUUGUAGACUUAGACCAACUGAGGCACCAUGUGAAAGUGUACAGGCUUUGUUCUUUUGAGUUCUUUUGGUACUUCUAGCCAAGGAGUACCUGCUACAUGACCAGGCGCCAAGAUUAGCUGAGGGUCCCUUUUUUCUACCUUGUACGUUUUAUUUAGUAGCAAAUGAGUAGGCCUGUUUGUCCCAUUCAGGCCUCAUGGCAAAUUGUGACCUGUACUAUGGACAUCCACACUGCCCCACCUGAGUGUGCGUUAGUGUGCAUGUGUGUGUGACUGCAAGUGUGCGUGUGACUGCAAGUGUGUGCCUUUACCCAUUCGUGUAUGUUGUGUGCCUUUACCUUU